AUGCUGCCCCGCCGCACCGUCGCUGCGUCCGUCCGCACGCUCGCCACUGCCGUCUCGCCCCAGCCCUCAACUUCGGCUACACCGCACCGGCCACGCCUCGAGAAGCUCCGCCAGGACACUGCACAGAUAGAUGACUUCCUCACGACUGAGCCUGCACCCGCUUCGGCGCGGGGGAGGGUCAGCUUCGCCAAGAACAAGACACCUCGCCUGCCAGACUACCUGAAGACAGAGAUCCCGACUUCGGCGAGCUUCAACAAGAUCAAGCAGGACUUACGAGGACUGAAGCUCCACACGGUCUGCGAGGAGGCGCGGUGUCCCAAUAUCGGCCAGUGCUGGGGUGGCGACAAGGGAGAUGCGACGGCGACGAUCAUGCUCAUGGGCGACACCUGCACCCGUGGAUGCCGGUUCUGCGCUAUCAAGACGUCGCGAGCACCACCGCCUCUCGACGUACACGAGCCGGAGAACACAGCGGAAGCGAUCUCGCGUUGGGGAGUCGGCUACAUCGUGAUGACCUCGGUUGACCGCGAUGACCUCCUGGACGGUGGUGCCGCACACAUCGCCGAGACUGUUCGACGAACGAAGGCGAAAGCGCCGCACAUCCUCAUCGAAGCUCUCACCCCCGACUUUGCCGGCAACGCCGAAGCGAUCAGCCUCGUCGCACAAUCGGGCCUGGACGUCUUCGCGCACAACAUGGAGACGGUCGAGUCGCGGACACCGUUCGUUCGUGAUCCGCGCGCCAAGUACCGUCAGAGUCUCGAGGUGUUGCGGCUGGCGAAGGAGGCGAAGGAAGGGUUGAUCACCAAGACUAGCUUGAUGCUCGGCGUUGGCGAGACGGACGAGGAGAUCAUGCAGACGCUCAAGGACCUGCGCGACAACAACGUCGACGUCGUCACCUUCGGCCAAUACAUGCGUCCGACCAAGCGACACAUGAAGGUCUCGUCCUACAUCACGCCCGAGAAGUUCGACUUCUGGGCGAAACAAGCCGAAGACCUCGGCUUCCUGUACUGGGCAAGCGGUCCGCUCGUUCGUUCGUCGUUCAAGGCGAACGAGUUGCUCAAGAGCAGUGCGGGGAAGAGGCUGCUCCAGGGUUUGCAGGGACGCGACCGAGGUGUCGAGGCGAUCACGAAGGAGGGCGAGCGACAGAUCAUCGAAGGCGUCCGGGUGUAG